AUGGCUUCGCCUUCACCGAGAUCGCCCAAUGGCGAGGACCGUCUACCCGUCUAUGGGACCAAGGUGGCCGGCAAGGACGAUACAGCCGUGUUGGACGUCGAGAAGCAUCGCCGGACACGCACGAAGACGCCUGAACCCGCUGAACAGCGCAACGGUACAGCGACGCCAAAUCCCCCCGCCGUUCUGGAGCCAUUCGACUGGGAUGAUUUUGAGGCGCGGUAUGAGAAGGCGCUGGCGGAGGCAGAGGGACAGGAACGAGAAGUCCUCAAAGAGGCCGAAAGUCUCUUCAGGUACUUUGAAGCGUGGUCCUCAGCUGCAUCAGCUCAUGAUGAUAAGCGCGCGGUGAAGCGGCUUCAGACGCGACAACGGUACAUUAACAUUUCUGAACAAAGAAUGGCUCAGAAGCAGCAGCAUUAUGAUGAAGUUAUGCGUGCAUUUGAGAACUCACUCCGCAUGAGCCGAAUGUCGAUUAACGAGCUUCCGUUCAAAAUACCACAAAUAACAAGCGACGAAUUACUACAAUUCCAACAGAGGCAUUUUUCAAGCGAAGCCACCGCUGAUUUCGGUCAAAGUUUCACAAACCUUCCACCUCAAGAGUCCUCCGAGGCUCAUUUAUACGAAGAAUGGGAGGAAGAAGAGGAGGACGAUGGUCUUGGCUACUACGAAGACGGUGUGAAAAGAACCCUUACAGAUGAGCAGAUUGCCAUAUUCCGACACUCGGAACUUAGAGAGCUCCGCAAGCAACAAGAAAAGCAAUCGCAAUCUAAAUCAGAGCUGCCACGAGAUGCUUCCGCAAAUGAAACAGACAUCGCCUCUCCGCAUGGAUCAGGUGCCCCUGCCGGAUCUCGAAACAAGAAGAAAAAGAAGAAAUCCAAGGGGGGGAAGCAAGAACCCAAGCCAGACUUACGGAAGCGUACCUGGGACGUGGUCGAAGCUGGACUCGACACCCUCGAUUACGAUUGA